AAACAAGCCGGCUGCUGUUUGAAAAUGAAUGAUCGGCUACCCGUGUUGUAGUUGUAGACACACUAGUAGAUAGACAUUUUUUCUCAUAAACCGAAGGAGCUUGUACACCAAAAUCGAAACCCGGCUAAGAAUCCAUUUCCAAAAAUGCAACUGACCGUCUGUGAGUCCAGCACCAUGUCUGAAGCUGGUGUGCUUCAGCAGCCUCAUUCUGAUGCCUUCACAGAGUCCACCUGUGCUUCAAGCAACAAUUCAGCACCCCAUGAUCUUGCUUCAGAUAUGCCCAAUGAACCCUCAGAGGAAGAACCUACUGUGGAAAGGGAAGAAGAAGCUGAUUCCCUCAAUGCAGUCGCCAGCAAGCUGGAGGUCUCCGAUGAACACACCUUGAACACACAAACAGUAAAUACACAGCGCCCAGACUCUCUGUCAGUGCCUUCAGCAGCACCAGCAACACAGUCCAACCUGUGGACAAGUCAGGCCGAUGGUGAAGUGAAGCUCCGCAUGGAAGACUCUGGCCUGGCAGCUGUGAAUCCUCUGACAGUCAAUCAGCUGUUCCAGUCAGCUGUGAAGAAUUUUGGCCAAUUUACUGCUGUGAGCUGGAAAGAAGGCGAGCUGAAGAAGAGCUUGAACUACAAGCAAUACUAUGAGACCUGUCGCACAGCAGCCAAGAGCUUCCUUAAGCUUGGAUUGCAGCGUUACCAUGGUGUCGGUAUCCUGGGAUUCAACUCCGUUGAAUGGUUCAUCGCUGACGUUGGAGCCAUUUUGGCCGGUGGCUUCGCUGUCGGCAUCUACACGACCAACUCCCCUGACGCUUGCCAAUAUGUGGCAAAUAACUGCAAGGCCAAUGUCAUUGUGGUGGAGAACCAUAAGCAGCUUCAGAAGAUAUUACAGGUGCAAGAAAGUCUGCCACACUUGAAAGCUAUUGUCCAGUACAAAGGCGCACUGAAAGAGAAGAGACCAAAUCUAUACACUUGGGCUGAAUUCAUGAAGCUGGGACGCGAUGAACCAGACGGUCCCCUUGACGAAAUCAUCGCCAGCCAGAAGCCGAAUCAGUGCUGCACACUCAUUUAUACCUCAGGCACAACGGGCCAUCCCAAAGGAGUCAUGCUGAGCCAUGACAAUCUGACCUGGACGGCGCUCGCAACCAGCCGUCACGUACGCUUGACCGACGCCACCGAGUCCCAGGAGGUGGUGGUCAGCUACCUCCCCCUCAGCCACAUCGCUGCCCAGAUGGUGGACAUCUGGGUUACCAUGAGGGUGGGCGGAGUCACGCACUUCGCUGACCCGGACGCGCUGAAAGGCUCUCUGGUGAACACCAUGAAGGAAGUGCGACCGACUGCCUUUAUGGGGGUCCCACGUGUGUGGGAGAAGAUGCAAGAGAAGAUGAAGGCCACCGGUGCCAAGUCAUCCACUGUCCGCCGUAAAGUUGCUGCCUGGGCCAAAGAUGUGGGUCUGCACACCAAUCUGAGCAAGAUGAAUCAAAACGGCGCAAUGGACCACACGCCAUUGAGCUAUCAAAUAGCCAAGAAGCUUGUGUUCAAGAAAGUGCGCAAGGCUCUGGGCCUGGACCGUUGCCACAGGUGCUAUACGGGCGCCGCCCCUAUCACACGGGACACGCUGGAGUUCUUCCUCAGUUUGGACAUUCCGUUGUAUGAGCUGUACGGCAUGAGCGAGAGCACCGGACCCCACACCAUCUCCCUUCCCAGUGCCUUUCGGCUCACCAGCUGUGGCAAGGAGCUCCCAGGUUGUAAGACAAAGCUGUACAAUCCAGACAAGGACGGCAACGGUGAAAUCUGCUUCUGGGGUCGCCACGUCUUCAUGGGCUACCUCAACAUGGCCGACAAGACUGAGGAAUCAUUGGAUUCCGACGGCUGGUUGCAUUCCGGCGACCUCGGCAAACGCGACAGCAAGGGAUUCCUCUUCAUCACUGGGCGGAUUAAAGAGUUGAUCAUCACAGCAGGCGGAGAGAACAUCCCUCCCGUGCCCAUCGAGGACGCGGUCAAGGAAGCCCUGCCUUUCAUCAGCAAUGCCAUGCUGAUAGGCGACAAGAAGAAAUUUCUGACAAUGCUACUCACCAUUAAGUGCGAGGUGAACGCCGAUGGCGCUCCGCUGGACGAACUCGCUCCGGAGGCAUUGGAAAUGUGCAAGAAAGCGGGCAGCAAGUCCACCCGUGUCUCAGAACUGGCGGGCGGCCGCGAUCGCGCCAUCAACGCGGCAAUCCAGGAGGGCAUCAACCGUGUCAACGAGAGAGCCACUUCCAACGCUCAGCGCAUUCAGAAGUGGUACAUUUUGGAGAAGGACUUUUCCAUCGCUGGGGGCGAGCUGGGACCCACCAUGAAGCUGAAGCGGCCCACUGUUUCCAAAAUGUACAGAGAGCAUAUCGAAAACUUCUACAGAGAAGUGACGUCUCCGACAACUCCCGACAACCCGCUGUCCCCCAAAUAGAGACGAGAGCGGCUCACGCAUGCAACUCGCUCAUUUCUCGCAUUUAUUCAUCUGCUCGUUACCUGAUGUUUUCUUUUGAUGGCCUUACUUGUUUUGGUUUACAUGUGUGGAUAAGAGGAAACCAUUGUGCAUUGAAUUAGCUUUUUGGCUCUUGAAGAUAUUGUGCAUAAGUUAAAUUCAACUAUUUAUUUUCCCGUUACGUACCGAUGUGAAGUACCAACAAGAAAGCUUUUUUGUUAUGAUUAUUGCACUGCUACACUUAAGAAAAAGAUGUUGCGUUUAAGAAAAAAGAAGCUAUUUUUGGUUAGCAUGGGGCUAAUUAACCUCAGGAGAAACAUUUGUGAAAUGCCAAACUUUUUUUCCUGUUGUUUUAGCAGUCCUUCAAGGAUUUAAAGCAAAUGCUUUGUUCAUUUGAAGAAAAAAACAGUAAAUUGUUUGCAGAUUCUACUCUUUAUCCGUUGAAAACAUUAUGAAAGCCAAUAUAUGUGAAGCUUUGGGGCUGAUGAAGCCUGUUUAACUUGUGUGUUCACUUGCUGUGCUCUUACAUGGUAUUGUUUUGUAAAAUACUGCUGCUUAAAACCUAUGUUCUUUGGUUUUCACUUAAUAGUGCAAGUAGGUGAUAAAUGUCACAACGUUGGAUUAUAGUAAAAUGGUUACACAUUAGCUACCUUGGAGUAGUCUAUCGAACUUUAUGCAACUUAUAUCAAACGUUAUAACUCAACAGCCACAUGCAUUUAGCUUCCCAGAUGUUUCCUACUUGAAAACAAAGUAUGAUGGAAUCCAAAGAGCUGUAACUUAAAUGAAGAGAAUGUUGUAGCACUCCGGUUGAUUGUUGAGAAAUGGUGGCUUUGGUGACAGGGUCACUCAAAUUAUCUGAAGUUCAGGGUUUAUGUGGUGUAAUUUAAGAUAUCUACUGUGAUUUUUUUGUUUGUUUAUAUGAGGGGGCUAGGUAUGUGACUGUGCUUUCCUCCUGUUAUCAGAUUUUUUUUAUGUCAUCCAUCAUUCCAUGUGUUCUAAUGAAGGACGUACAAUAUGUUUUAUGUUCAACUGUAAUUGAAAGCAAGCAUCAAGCUGAAAAGCUUCCGGAAAACUCGACUAAAGCAGUUCGUCAACACUGUUAAUACUGUACCCAAUAGUAAAAUAAAAGUUGUACAUCUUA